AUGGCGACCACCACCACCGUGACUCCGGUCAAGUCGCAGCUUGUCGAUAAGCUGCCCAAGCGAUUCAGAGGCAUCAAGUUUGGCAUCCAGUCCAACCAAGAUAUCGCGAACCAAGCCGUCCUCGAAGUUUCCGAUCGCCUUCUUUAUGACAUCGAAAAGAACAGAGCCCCGUAUCAGCAUGGUCCUCUUGACCCCCGUCUUGGUACUUCAAGCAAGACAGGCAAAUGUUCAACAUGUGAGGAAUCGCUGCAAAACUGCACAGGCCAUUUCGGCCAUGUCAGACUCCCUCUACCGGCCUUCCACAUUGGCUACCUGCGCUUCGUUAUGAUGAUAUUGCAGGACAUCUGCAAGGACUGCGGCAAAGUACUACUCACAGAGAGCGAAAAGAGAUCGUUCCUCAAGGAGCUGAGGCGACCCCUGCUCGAUAACCUGCGACGGACGCAGAUUUGCAAACGAAUCAAUGAGCAAUGCAGAAAGGUCAAGAAUUGCAUGUACUGCGGUUCUGUUCAAGGCCAGAUUAGGAAAGUUGGUGUUCUCAAGCUCGCCCACGACAAGUUUGUCACAUACAACAAGUCCACUUCGGCCAAAAAGAUCCCUCCCGAGAGCAAAAUCAAGUUUGACGAGUCCUUUGCCGAGGCCAGAAAGAACAAUGGGGAGCUGGACAAGCACUUGCGCAAGGCCAUGGAGGAUAUGAAUCCCCUGAGGGUUCUCAACCUUUUCAAAAUGAUCAGCCCCACCGACUGCGAGCUUCUUGGCUUGGAUCCCGCCGAGGGCCGUCCCGAAAUGUUCAUCUGGCAAUUCCUUCCUGCGCCCCCUGUGUGCAUUCGACCAUCAGUAGCCCAGGACAACGCCAGUAACGAGGACGACAUCACGACAAAGCUAGCAGACAUUGUCUGGGUAAGCGGCAUGAUCCGCUCGGCACUACAAAAGGGCUCGCCAGUUCAGACCAUCAUGGAACAGUGGGAAUAUCUCCAGCUCCAGGUUGCCAUGUACGUCAACAGUGACGUGCCAGGUUUGCAACAGCCGGGAUUUGGCAAGGCCGUGAGAGGUUUUUGCCAACGGUUAAAGGGAAAGCAAGGCCGAUUCCGUGGCAAUUUGUCCGGAAAGCGUGUCGACUUCUCCGGACGAACCGUCAUUUCUCCCGAUCCCAACCUUGGUAUCGACCAGGUCGCUGUUCCCCAGCUUGUCGCCAAGAACUUGACCUACCCGGAGCGAGUGUCAGACUACAACAUUAAGAAGUUGAAGGAAUGCGUUCGCAACGGUCCCAGUAUCUGGCCCGGUGCUCAACAGGUCAUCAAGAACGAUGAGGGAGGCUACAAAAUCUCCUUGAAGUAUGGUAACCGGAACCAGGUCGCCCAGGAUCUCAAAAUCGGCGAUGUUGUCGAACGCCAUCUGGAAGACAACGAUAUUGUUCUUUUCAACCGUCAACCGUCUUUGCACAAGCUCAGUAUCAUGAGCCAUUUGGUGAAAGUGCGACCCUGGAGGACAUUCCGCCUCAACGAGUGUGUGUGCGGCCCCUACAACGCCGAUUUCGAUGGUGACGAGAUGAAUCUUCACGUCCCGCAGACGGAGGAAGCCCGCGCCGAGGCCAUCAACCUCAUGGGCGUGAAACAUAACUUGGCGACGCCGAAGAACGGAGAGCCCGUCAUUGCGGCUACGCAAGAUUUCAUUACCGCCGCAUAUCUUCUAAGCAGCAAGGACAACUUCUUCGAUCGCAAGACGUUCACGUACAUCUGCAUGCACAUGAUGGACGGCAAAGUCCACCUCGACUUGCCGCCUCCUGCGAUUCUGAAGCCCAAGGCUUUGUGGACCGGCAAGCAGGUCUUCAGCAUGAUGAUGCGACCCAACAAAGACAGCCCUGUCAAGAUCAACCUUGACGCCAAGUGCAGAGAAUACAAGGCCAGAGCCGGGCAAUGCCCCGACAUGGAUCCCAACGACGGAUGGUUGGUGAUUCGAAACUCCGAAGUCAUGUGCGGUGUCAUGGACAAGUCGACGGUCGGAUCAGGAAAGAAAGAUUCAGUGUUCUAUGUUAUCCUGCGAGAUUUCGGUCCCGAUGCGGCCGUGGUUACGAUGAACCGACUUGCCAAAUUGUGUGCAAGACAUCUCACAAACCGAGGCUUCUCCAUCGGUAUCGGUGAUGUCUUCCCCACCGAGAAACUGCUCGAGAGGAAGAGCACGCUUGUCAAGGGUGCGAGCAUUGAGGUCGAUGUCCUCAUUGACAAGUACAAAAAGAACAAGCUCGACAAGGCUACCGGUUGCAGUAUGGAGGAGACGCUGGAGAACUCCAUUUCGGGUCUUCUCAGUAAGGUCAGAACGCAGGCUGGUUCUCACUGUAUCGAAACUCUCAGCAAGAACAACGCCCCGCUAGUCAUGGCCAAGUCUGGAUCCAAGGGUUCAGAAAUUAACGUGGCCCAGAUGGUUGCCCUAGUCGGACAGCAGAUUAUUGGUGGCAAACGUGUUGCCGAUGGUUUCCAGGACAGAACGCUUCCUCACUUCCACAAGAACGCGCCUCAACCGCCGUCCAAGGGAUUCGUCGAGAACAGUUUCUACUCUGGUCUCUUGCCUACCGAGUUCAUCUUCCACGCCAUGUCUGGUCGUGAAGGUCUGGUCGAUACCGCUGUCAAGACGGCCGAAACCGGUUACAUGUCACGCAGACUGAUGAAGUCUCUGGAAGAUCUGUCGACGCAGUAUGACGAUACUGUGCGGACUUCCGGUGGUGGUAUCGUUCAGUUCCAGUUCGGUGCCGACAAGCUGGACCCUGUCGACAUGGAGGCCUCUGCGAAGCCUGUCAACUUUGAUCGAACCUUUUCUCACGCCGAGAACCUUACCUGGGACAAUGACGAGGCCGCGUUGCUCCCCAACGAGAUGGUCAAGCUCUGCGACAACUUGCUUGCUCGGGAACGCGCGCGUUACCCCAGAAAGUCGUUGCUGGGUGAUCUAACUCUUGAUUACGACAACGAGGAAGAAAAGUACACAGACGAGCACGAAGGCGCCAGAGACUUUUUGCGAUCACUAGAGUCCUACAUUGCCGGACGAGCCAACAAGCUUGCCCGUGUGAUGGAACUGACUGGCCUGACAGCCAACGCCGACAGCAUGGACGUCGACAUUGAUGAGGACGAGGUCAAGGCCAAGAAGGCCUUUGCCGACAAGGUCGCCAAGAUGUCCGAGACGACAUUGCGACUCUUCAUCAAACUGUGUUUGGAAAAGUACAAAAAGGCGCACGUCGAGCCCGGACAUGCCGUCGGAGCUGUUGGUGCGCAGUCUAUUGGUGAGCCCGGUACGCAGAUGACCCUGAAGACUUUCCAUUUUGCUGGUGUCGCCGGUAUGAGUAUCACCCAGGGUGUACCCCGUAUCAAGGAAAUUAUCAACGCCUCCAAGACUAUCAGUACCCCCGUCAUCACCUGCCCGUUGAUGCAGAACAGGGAGAUGACAGCCGCGAAGAUCGUCAAGGCGCGUAUCGAAAAGACGUAUGUUGAGGACAUCCUGAGCUACAUUGAGGACGAAUGGUUCGCCGAGUCGGGAAGCGUCGUUCUCAAGGUCGACAUGGAUGCUUUGUCCGACAUGCAACUAGGCAUUACCCUGGGCGAUGUGGCCGAGGCUAUUUGCAAGCACAAGAAGAUGAAGGUGUCGAGGUCCGAUAUGCACAUUGGCGCUGGGAGAAUCGAGAUUCGCGUCCGCCUCGACGAGUCGGCGGCUUCCAAGCGAUCUGUCAAGGCCAAACCCGUGGAUGAGCUUGGCGACCUCUUGGUGCGAGCCAACUAUCUCCGCCGAACGAUCCCGACCGUGGCCAUCUCGGGUUACCCUGAGGCCACUCGUGCCAUUAUUCAAUCGUCCGAGGACGAAACCCACACCGUCCUGGUCGAAGGUUACGGACUUCUCGCCUGCAUGAACACGGAGGGUGUCGAGGGACGAAAAGUCAAGUCCAACAACAUCAUGGAGUGCAGAGACGUCUUGGGUAUCGAGGCCGCAAGAAGCACGAUUGCCUUUGAAAUUGGCGAGGUCAUGGGAGACAUGGGUAUCGACCCGCGUCACAUGCAGCUGCUUGCUGAUGUCAUGACAUACAAGGGCGAGGUCCUUGGUAUCACACGAUUCGGACUGUCCAAGAUGAGAGACAGUGUUCUCCAGCUGGCCUCGUUCGAGAAGACGCCAGACCAUUUGUUUGAGGCGGCUGCCGGUAUGAAGACGGACCAGAUUGAGGGUGUGAGUGAGUGUAUCAUCAUGGGCCAGACCAUGACUGUAGGAACCGGCGCGUUCCACGUGGUGCGCCGCCUCGCCAUGGAGAGGGGGGAUGUUGGACAGCGCAAGACUAUUUUCGAGGAUGCGUGGGCCGCACAGACGGCACUCAAGCGCAAGUCGAGGCGGAAUGUUUAA